UUCUUUCCCCCAAAAAAAAAAAGGUGACACAGUUCACAGUUUGCCUGAGAACCGUCGCCCCCCUUCGCCGUCGCCGCCACUCGCCAACUGGCCACCAUAGCAGCAACUGCUCGCGUCUUGAGUCUUUUACGGCUGCGAUUAAAGCAGACGCCUCGGGGAAUGGCGGCUGCUGCAAUAGCCAAUGCUUCGGGGCGAGUACUGUCACAGCCAGUUACUUUUGUCACUGGCAAUGCCAAAAAGCUUGAAGAAGUACGCGCUAUCUUGGGCCAGUCCGUUCCUUUUAAGUCCAUCAAGCUUGACUUGCCAGAGUUGCAAGGUGAGCCUGAAGAAAUCUCUAAAGAGAAGGCUCGAUUGGCUGCUGCUCAGAUUAAUGGACCCGUACUAGUGGAAGAUACUUGCCUCUGUUUCAAUGCCUUGAAGGGCCUCCCAGGGCCUUACAUCAAAUGGUUCCUGCAGAAGAUUGGUCACGAAGGUCUCAACAAUUUGUUGGUGGCUUACGAAGAUAAAUCAGCUUAUGCAUUGUGUGCCUUCUCCUUUGCUGGUGGGCCUGGUUGCGAACCUGUGACUUUUAUUGGAAAAACUAUGGGGAAGAUUGUUCCUGCAAGGGGACCAAAUGAUUUUGGAUGGGAUCCAAUUUUUCAACCUGAUGGCUAUGACCAAACUUAUGCAGAGAUGACGAAGGAAGAAAAGAACAAAAUUUCCCACCGUUAUAAAGCUCUUGAUAUGGUGAAGUCACAUUUUGCCGAAGCUGGAUUUACUUUUCAGAUUGACAAUGUCUAAGAGCUUUUUGUUGCUAUGGAGUAGAUUCUAUAGGCGCGACAUUUUAUGAGCUUGGUUGGUUCCAUUGUUCAGUAGCCUUCUGCUUGUGAAAGGAGAAUUGCUUCUUGGUUGACAUUUGGCACUUAGAAUGCGUUUGAUGAAUUGAAAUCAGUGAGAAUGAAAAGGGAAAUGAUGAAUUGGCUUUUUUUCUGUUUUAAGGGAAAUUCUAGAGAUAAAUGACGAGAAUGAAACAGCCGGGUAACUGUUUCAAUCUCAUCCUUUUUAUAUAUAGAUUUUUGUUCCUGAAUGGAGAAUAAUGGGAUCAAGCCCCAUUUUCCAAUUA